AUGCUGACUUGUACCACACGCCGGCCAGUCGCGUGGGCCAUCCGGCAGAAGCACACAGGACCGCUGUUUACCACUUCCUGGGUGCGCAGUCCGGACUUGUUGCUAUCUGUUAUCAGUCACUUGGCUACCAAGUCAGUUUGGGAAAAAUCAUGUCAGUCUUAUCUUGUUGUUGGGGCGGAAAUUGACAGAAGCGGAGGCUUCAUCACGUGGGCCUCUGAAGAUGCAAUUCCCGCGUUGCAAACGGAGGCGGGACGCACCAGAGCAGGGUUCCGCUCGCCUGGACACUGGCGGCCCAAGAGACGGGAUGGGAAAGGUCAGAUUGAAAGCUCGGCCCGAUUGGCCAAGGGACAUACAGGACUCAAGUGGACUGACGCGCCUAACGACCGGCACGAACCGUGA